AUGACUAAUCUGUUGAUGGUUUCCAGGAGUAAGUGCAUCUCUUGGACAAUUGAGUGGCGGUUUCACUCUACAGAUGUGGUUCUUGUUGACCAUGGAGUUGGUGAGGAUACAAGUCUUUGCUCUGUGAUUGAGAAUCAUCUUAAGCCAGGCCCUUGGAUUCAUAAGCUCAAGCCUUUCUGUGAUGUGGAUCUUGUUUCUCUCAAGCUUUUUAUUCGCCAAUACCCUAAGGGUGCAAAGGCUCCUUUCAAGGAGCUGGACAUCAAGGCUCCUUUGAGGCAACAGCUUGCUAAAGUAGCUAUCGUAGAGUACCCGGUGAUCCAUGUAUAUCUACCUUCACACAGCUAUGACUUUGACGUUAUCAGAGAUUUCGACCAUUUAAACACCACACCUGAUCCUAAUGGUUCCUCCUUAUACUAUGGCCACAGAGAUACAAAAGGUACAAUAAUAACCUCACGAGAAGAGGAAACAGAAGAAGAAUGCAAGAUUAACUCCGGUGAGCCAGAGGUUCUUGAUAUUAUCAAACAAGUCUCAGAGGACAGCAAGGUUGAGGGAGGGGUUACCAAGAAUCCACAUAUUCAGGUUGAUCCACCAGAACAAGGGGAUGCUGCUGAUAACAUGGUGGUUGAGUUUGAGCAAGGGUUAAUAGACACAUACUCUGAUCUUUUCGCGGAGAUGGAUCCAGCUACUGAUGGACUAGAAGAAGGGGAAAUCAUAGAAUGAUGAAUCAUCAUAACAGAAGACAUUACUAGCUCCCAGUGAAACAUUUUGGGUCAGCAAAAGGAUUAUAUGUUCAUGCCUAAGCUCCUUUGUUUGGUAUCAAACAAAGGUUUUAUUGAAUGAGGUAGUCGCAACGUUGUUGUUUGUGUUUUGAAUGAAUGUCAUGUGUAUCUUGAUUGUUACGUACGCCCGAAGUUUUUGUUCAGGCUUAUUUUAUUUUACUAAAGCAAAUAUAUUUGUAGUG